AUGUCAAGUAACACUUUGCUUGCAGAUUCUGAGGCUCCAAUUGUUUUAUUGAGCGCUAAAAGGCACUUUGAACAAUUGCCCACACAAGAUGCCAAGUUAUAUGCUCAUUAUCUUUCGAGAGCUUCUCAUUGGGGAACAAGAGUAGUAUUAAGAUCUGUAUCGAAGGAAAGCGAAGACAUAUAUGACUUAAUUUUGAAUAUUCAUGCGGCGUUGGGUGAACCUACAUGUCAAGAAGAGUACGUACAAGCGUUAUCUGGCAGAUUUGAUAACGAAGAGGCAAUCCGUCAAUACUUGGAAUACGCUUCACAAUUUUUAUCAAAUUUAGGUAAUUUUAAAUCCUUUGGUGAUAAAAAGUUUAUCCCCAGACUAAGUUCUGAUGAAUUUGAACAAUUCGUGAGAGCAGUGCCUAGUGGAAAGGUUAUUCAACUUUAUAAGAGAAUCGAAGGUCCGUUGUACGAUACAACAGUUCAAUUAUUGGGAUGGCCAGAAAGUGGACAUGUCUCAAGUUACUAUAUUGGUGAUAAUAUAAUUACGAAAGAGGAGGUUGACGAAGUUAAUAGCGCAUUGGCCAAUAAAGGUAUUAUGCCAGAAAAUACUAGAGUGGAGAAGGUUUCUGGAACAAAAUUCGUUGUUCAUGUCGCCAGUUCGAGAACAGAUAAUAAAACAGGCUAUUAUCCAGAUGAACCAAUAAAAUUUCUGAAUGGCAAAGAAUUGAAGUUCAAAUUUGGUGAUCACCACAAAGAAUUUAAAGAAAUAGUUGAAAAUUUGAAAAAGGCAAAAGAAUAUGCUGCAAACGAUACAGAGAGGAAUCUUGUCAGGUAUUAUAUUGAAGCAUUUGAGACUGGUUCAAUGAAUGCGCACAAAAAGUCUCAAAUUGAAUGGGUGAAAGACAUGGGUCCACAAGUUGAGUCCAAUAUAGGAUUCAUAGAGACUUAUAGAGACCCUUCUGGUGUCCGUGGGGAAUGGGAAGGUUUGGUCGCCAUGGUAAACCAAGAUAGAACUGCGAAGUUUUCUACAUUAGUUAAGAAUGCUACGGAAUUAAUCUCCUAUUUACCUUGGGAUAAAGUUUACGAAAAGGACACAUUCACUCCACCAGAUUUCACCUCUUUGGAAGUUUUAACCUUUGCGGGAUCUGGAAUACCUGCCGGUAUCAAUAUCCCAAAUUAUGAUGAUGUUCGGUUAAAUUAUGGUUUUAAGAAUGUCUCGUUAGGAAAUGUUUUAUCAGCAAACCCUAAGAAACCUAGAAAGGAAGAAGUCAUAACUUUUAUAUCUAAAUCUUUACAGGAUCCUUUUCGUAAAUGGAGAGAUGAUGCAUUUGAAGUUCAAGUUGGAUUACAUGAAUUAUUGGGCCAUGGUUCAGGUAAAUUGUUACAAGAGACCUCACCAGGCCAUUUCAAUUUUGACAAAGAUAUAUUAGAUUCUAAAACUUACUACAAGCCGACUGAUACUUGGUCAUCUUUAUUCGGAACAACUUCUGGUUCCUUUGAAGAAUGUCGUGCAGAACUCGUUGCUUUAUAUCUUAUCUUAAAGUACCCCUUAAAAGUCUUACCUAUUUUUGGGAUUAUAGCAACUGACUCCCAGGAACAGAUUAUGAAAAUUGGAACUGUUCUUAUGUGUCGCGCUGGACUUUUAAGCUUGGAAUUUUGGGACCCGUCCUCUAGAAAAUGGGGACAACCUCACAUGCAAGCUCGAUUCAGUAUCUUGAAAUGCUUAAUAAGCGCUGGUGUAUGUUCAUUUUCUUAUAGAGAUGAAAAGGACUACGAGGACUUGGAGAUAGCUUUUGACUUCAGCAAACUCCAAACUGCUGCUGUUGAUGCACUCGGGGAUUAUUUGAAUAAACUUCAUGUUUAUAAAUCAACUGCAAAUGUAAAGGAGGGUGUAGCCUUUUAUAAUGAUGCUACGAAUGUUACAGAUGAGUAUAGUCGUUUCAGGGAGGUAGUGCUUAAGAAAAAGCUACCUAGAAAGCAAUUGAUACAAGCUAAUACCCAUCUUAGUGGCGGUAACGCAGUCGAGAUCCACGAGUAUGAUGAAAGUGAAGUUGGUAUGAUUGAAAGCUAUUUCAACAGAGGAGUCUGA